UCCUCCGGUCCCGGUAACCUUCCGGUCCUUUGCCCGGUAACCCUCCGGUCCGCUGCCCGGGAAUGCCGGGGAAACCGGAGGCUCAGACCGGCUUCAUGUCACUCUGACCGGGAUCAUGUCCUCCAGGACGCCGCUGCCCACCGUCAGAGAGCGGGACGGAGACACGCAUGCCUCAGCAGACGAUGGUCGUGUUACCGUGGCAACCCGCUCCGCCCGCAGUAAAGCGUCGUCGGCCGCAGACGAGACGCCGCACGUCGGAAACUACCGACUGCUGAAAACCAUCGGGAAGGGAAACUUCGCUAAAGUGAAGCUAGCACGACACAUCAAGACAGGAAAAGAGGUGGCGAUAAAGAUCAUCGAUAAGACUCAACUGAACCCGACGAGCCUGCAGAAGCUCUUCAGAGAAGUCAGAAUAAUGAAGAUCUUAAAUCAUCCAAAUAUUGUGAAGCUGUUUGAGGUGAUAGAGACAGAGAAGACGGUGUACCUGGUGAUGGAGUACGCUAGUGGAGGUGAGGUGUUUGAUUACCUGGUAGCUCACGGGAGGAUGAAGGAGAAGGAGGCCAGAGCCAAAUUCAGACAGAUAGUGUCUGCGGUUCAGUACUGCCACCAGAGACGCAUCGUCCACCGAGACCUGAAGGCAGAGAACCUCCUCCUGGAUGCAGACAUGAAUAUAAAGAUAGCAGACUUCGGCUUCAGUAAUGAGUUCACUGUCGGUGGGAAACUGGACACGUUCUGCGGUUCUCCUCCGUAUGCAGCUCCCGAACUCUUCCAGGGGAAGAAGUACGACGGUCCAGAGGUGGAUGUUUGGAGUCUGGGAGUGAUUCUCUACACGCUGGUCAGCGGCUCGCUGCCGUUUGAUGGACAGAACCUGAAGGAGCUGAGGGAACGUGUUCUGCGAGGGAAGUACCGGAUCCCCUUCUACAUGUCGACCGACUGUGAGAACCUGCUGAAGCGUUUCCUGGUUCUGAACCCGGGGAAGCGAGGAACCCUGGAGCAAAUCAUGAAGGACCGCUGGAUCAACUCCGGCUACGACAGCGACGCCCUGAAGCCGUUCCUGGAGCUGGAGCAGGACCUCAGAGACCAGAACACCAUCGAGCGGAUGGUGGCGAUGGGCUACAGCAGGGAGAAGAUCAACGAUUCGCUCACCAACAGGAAGUACGAUGACAUCACGGCCACCUACCUGCUGCUGGGACGCCGCUCUGCUGAGGUCAGCGUCGCCGUGGUAACAGCAGGUUCAGCUUCCUGUCGUAGAUCAGCUGUAGUAACGCCGUGUCUCCUGCAGGUGGAGCCUCGGCCGACCGGCAGCAGCCCGUCUCCUGCGCGCCUCCUGGGCCAGCGCGCCUCCUCCUCCAAGCAGAAGAGGAGCAGCGACCACGGGUCUUCGGCCGCCCCCCCCAGGAGGAGUCACAUGGCUACAGAGGAGGUGAAGCAGGAGGUGGGGGGUCACAGCAGGAGGUCCAGUCCGGUGGAGGGGGGCAGUCCUCUCCUGGGGAACGCCAACAACCCCAACAUGUCCGACAUCCCAGAGCGCAGGAAGAAGUCCGCCGCUCCGGCCGGUUCCAGCAUGACGAGGAGGAACACCGUCUGCAGCGAGAGGAACUCUGCGGUCCAGAACGGGAAGGAGACCAGUGUACCAGCCACGCCCCCCCAGCGCUCGGUGGGCGGAGCCUCGACCCACAGUGUGAGUUCCCCUCCAGACCGCGGUCGGUUCCCUCGAGGUUCUGCCAGUCGCAGCACGUUCCACGGAGGCCAGCUCAGAGAACGCCGCUCGGCCACCUACAACGGGUCACAUGACCAGUCACGGGCCAGGGGGGCCAACUUCCUGUUCUCCAAACUCACCUCCAGACUGAGCCGCAGUCGGCCAGUGUCUGAUCAGAGGGAGGAGCCUGCGUCUCCUGCAUCUCCUGCACCUCCUGCGUCUCCUGCACCUCCUGCGUCUCCUGCGCCUCCUGCGUCUCCUGCGUCUCCUCCCCAGCAGAAGGAGUCGAAGCCUCGCUCCCUGCGCUUCACAUGGAGCAUGAAGACCACGUCGUCUCUGGAGCCGGCCGACAUGAUGAAGGAGAUCCGGAAAGUUCUGGACGCCAACAACUGCGACUACGAGCAGCGCGAGAACUUCCUGCUGCUCUGUGUCCAUGGCGACGGCCACGCCGACAGCCUCGUCCAAUGGGAGAUGGAGGUGUGCAAACUGCCCCGCCUCUCGCUCAACGGCGUCAGAUUCAAACGGAUCUCUGGAACGUCAAUCAACUUCAAAAACAUCGCCUCCAAGAUUGCUGAUGAACUCAAACUGUAGAGACAGACGGAGAGAGAGAGAUGGGUAGAGAGAGAGAGACGGGUGGAGAGAGAGAGACGGGUGGAGAGAGAGAGAGACAG